AUGUUUAAAUUUUUUACCUUUCAAUUCAUUAUUUUCGCGGUUGGUUUUUAUAAUGUGUGUUCCCUCGAAGAGCCUGGUACAAGUCAUUCUUCUAAAAUUUGGCAUUCAUAUGAGUUUGAUACGGGAAUCGGUAAUAGAGAAGAACUUCACAUACACAAAGGUGAAUUAAAUAAAACAUUUUUACCUAUUAGUGAUAUUUACAAAAUAAAAAGUUUAUCUGUUAAUGGAAAAGUUAUUAUUUUCGGCUUGAGUUCCAACUAUGUAUUACUGGGCACUCUGAAAAGGAAAAAUGAUGUUUCAAUAUAUAAAGAAGAAAUCGCAGAAACCACGAACGACUUUAACGUUUUUCAAUUAUGGAAUUCGAAAUCUCAGAGAAUUGAAAGUUAUUUGGUUGUAUCUGUUUCUAGAAAUGAUAGCAACAUUUUAAAAUGGUAUAAAUUACAAAAUGGACAAUUGAUGUUUUUGUGCGAUUGGUCUCUGCAUAAAAUAAUUAGUUAUUUGGAUGUUAUUAAAGUGAAUCACAAGAGCAAGUUACUUAUUGUAAGUUGGGAAAAAAGCUCAAAUAAAAAUUGUUCCACGUCAACUUCGUUAGAAAUCUAUAAUUUUAUUAUUGAACCUAAAUUAAAUGUGUGGUUGGAUGAAAAAAUCAAUCUUGAUGGUCUUCCUUCUUCGAUAACUGUUUUUAACGAAAAUGAUAAUACAUUUCUCUGUGCUUCGUUUCCAUCCAUGGAAAUUGUAAAAAUUUGGAGAUUUUCCACAAAUUGCCAGUUAAAUAAAGAACAAAAACAUUUCAAUUUUCAUCAGAGUAUCGUUUCGAAAAAAGUCAAUAACGUAAUUUCUUUUCAAAACGAUUAUGUUUGGCACAUAGCCAUAUCCGGUGAAAAUUCAUCCAUUUACGAACUGGGUGAUGAUCUCACGUUUCGCAACUUGACCAAUCUUAAUUUAGGCCAUCAAGAUCAUUGGUUUCUCAUACCGUUGGGUAAUUAUAGAGAAGAAAAUAUUUUGUUGUCUCGUUCUUCGAGGAAUGAUGAUAAUGACAUCACUGGUGUGAUUUGGGCUGGAAAUAAAAGUUUUAAAAUAAUAAAAAAUUUCACAAAAGUUUUAUGUGAAAAUGAUGUUGAUUGUUUAAGAGAAUUUAGUACGAAUAUACUAAUACAUAAUUCGACCACUUUUAAGCAUAACGAUUAUCAAAAUAUCGUUAUAUUAACUUCCGGAUUCCCUGUCUUAUUAAAAUUUCACGUUGCUUUAAGACCUCUCCCAGACAAAGCCAUAAUAAAAUUGCAAUCGGUCAUCAGGCGGAAAAAUAAACUGCAGAAAAAUUAUAAAACGCAAAACGAUAAAUUACAAAAACUAUUCACUUUAAAUAAAAUCACGGAAAAUUCAUUUGGUGAUAACGUCGCCGGGAAAGAAGACGAAAUUUUUUAUGGUAAAAUGCAACGAAUCAAUCCGGAGAAAAAUUUAGAAACAUUAUCGCAGGCUAAAAAUUGGACAGAGUUAUUCGAUACGUUAAAUGAUUUAUCAUCGAAGAUAAAAUACGUGGAAAAUGAAUUUCAACAAAUCAAAAAUGAUUCUUCUUACGUUAAAUCUUUCGGUGAAGCUCCGGAAAAAUUGUUUUCGAUGAGAAAUGCAGAAGACAAAAUUAUUUUUCACGGAAAAGUUAUCAUUGACAAUGCCAAUUUUUCGAUGGUGAAUGGAUAUAACGUUUCUGAAUUGUUUCUAAAUAGUUAUAGGAAAGACAAAAGAAAGAAAAUUGGCGGUGUUAAAACAUUGAAAACGGUGAGCGCGGUUAAUUUGACGUUUGGAAAAAUUAAUGGCAUACCCUCGAACGAUUUUCUUUUCACCGACGAUUUGUGGGAAUCGAAAAACAAAUUUAUAAAUGGCGAUAUUAUCAUAGAGAGUAAAUUAAACGUUUUGGAUGGAAUCGUUUUGCAUUCGAAUAAUAGAAUGAAUAAUUUUACUUAUUUAAAAAAUUAUAAUACCGUAUCGUCGGUGCCUAAAAAAACAUUUGCAUCGAAAAUCAACGAACAACCUUUUAUACUUCCGGCACAUUUUCCACCAUUAAAUAUUAAUUAUUUGGAAACGGUUAAUCAAGCGAGAGUGGAAAUGGUUAACGUCGCGGAAAAUCUUAACGUCAUUUUUAUAAAUAAAAAAAAUUUUACCGAAUUUCUAGAUCAAAUUAUGUACAAAUGCCUCGACGGUCCGAUAAAAAAAAAAUAUAAUUAUACAAAAGUCAAAGGUGAAACGGAAACGGAUAUAAAAGGAGAGAAGAUUUUUAAAAACGUGGUAAAAGUUAAAAAAGCAAAUGUCGUCGGAAGACUAAAUGAAACGUUCGUCGAUAAUUUCAUGAAAAAUUUCACGGAUCAAACGAUACGAUUUUCACAAAAAUUUCAUCGAGUCGAAUUUGAAAAUUUAUAUUUGAAAGGUUUUUGGGAUGAUGAUCUCGUCGUCGAAUCUUUGAAUCAAUCCAUCGUCCGAAUGUCGUCCGGAGAUUGUCAAACGUGUAAUUUUACAUACCCGAGCGAGUCGCCAUUGUUUAUCAAACACUUGAACGUCACCCACUACUAUAAUAAGAACGUGAGCGUGACGGAUUUACGAAAGUCAAAUGGUGAAAAUAAUUUGUCACUCGCCAUUGAUACGCUGUACACGUCACCGUUUCAAAAAUUGAAAUCUAUAAAAGCUAACAGGGCAAGAGUAAAUGGAUUUAUCGAUACGAAAUUUAAUAUCAACGGGAAAAAUUUAAGCGAAUUGGACGGCGUUCGAGUUCAUCGAGAAAAACCACAAGUGUUGAAACGGGAUUUUCUUCUACUCUCCGAUUCAGUAGCAUUCGAUGGAAAUUUAACCGUGAAAAGUUUCAACGGGAAAAAUGUAUUACCCGAAACGAAUUCGAGGAGCAAAGAUAAUUUAAUGGAAAGAAUUUCGAGCGGGAAAAUAAGGAAAAUUAAAAAUUUGUGGGUGAAAAAAAAUAUUUUUACAAAUAACGGGAUGAAUAACGUAAACCUGUCCAGGUUUUUGAGCGGUGGGAUCAAUUUGAAAAAACCGAAUCAAACCAUCAACGAUACAAUCGUAUUCGAAGAUAAAAUUCAUUUCAAAACGUUGAACGUCACGAAUUCAAUCGACGGCAUAGAUUUGAAAAAAUUGGAAAAAGACGUCGUGACGAAACAUCCCUACGUCAUUUUGAGCGGAUCCAAACGAUUUCGAAGGAUAAAAGUGUUGAAAAAUAUGAAAGCGAAAUUUUUAAACGGUCACCCCGUGCAAGAAAUCGUCACGCGGAAAGGAGAUCAAAGGAUGAAAGGUCGAUUUAAAAUCAUGGGGAACGUCACCAUCAAAGGAAACGUCACGACGAACGGUUAUUUGAACAACGUUCCCGUAUUCGACCUAUUGAAAAAAUUCUCGACGCAGUACGACACGUACAUUUUUUCAAAGGAUUUGGAAUUGGCGUCGGAAAAUGUGAAAAUUAAUAAUUUGUUCGUCGGAGGAAACGUGCAAAACUCCUCCCUGGAUACUCUAAUGGAUAAUAUCGUGUUUAAGAACGAGAGUUGUCACGUAGAGGGGAAGAAAGUAUUUAAAGAAGAAGUGAAUUUCAUGCAAAAUAUUUUAUUCGAUGGUAAAAUAAACAACGUAAAUUUUACCGAUCUGUUGAACGAUGUGGUUUUCAUAAACGAGCCGACAUUCGUACCCGGCACGAUAAUCAUAAACGAAGCCGUUUUGAUGAACACGUUGGAAAUCCAUGAUUAUUUCAAUUCGAGUUUGAUAAAUAAUUUAGACGUCAACGAUUUGUACGAGGAUAGUAUUCGAUUAGACGGAUGGGACAUGGUCACGGGAAAAAUUAAAUUCGAAAAUGUUUGGGCUUUGGAAAAUGUCGAUGCGGAUUUUAUCAAUAACCACGUGUCGACGAGUACGAUUUCCCUCAAGGGUAAACAAUUCAUUCCCGUCACUGGUCUCUUUCAAAGAUUUAACACCACAUCGGAUUUAAACGUCGGAGACUACGUUAAUUCUCAUAAUUUAAUCCGAGAAUUUCAAAAUAGUAUUUUGUUGAACGGAAGUCAAACGAUUAAAACUAAAAUGAUAUUUCAUAAAAAUUUUACCGUCGAUGGAAAUCUCGUUGUCGAUCACAUCAAAGGUAAUAAAGUCGAAGAUUUGAUAACGUUAAACACGGAGCAAACCAUUAGGAAUCGAUUGUUGUUCAAUGGUACCCUCAUUGCUAACAACAACAUAAACGGUUUGAAAAAAAUCAACGGUAUAAAUCUUAAAAAUUGGUUUGGGAGAUCGGUGUUAUUAAAUCGACAACAAGAAAUAGAUGGCGUGUGGAUCGCUCAAGGACACGUCAAAUCUAAAAACAUUAGAGGAAAUGCUAGUUUGGGAGCGAUGAACGUACCGGAAAUAAAUGAAAUAAUGAUGAAGAAUAGAUUUUUGAAAUCGGAGAAAAAAAAUGAAACGGAAAAUGAAUAUUAUUCGCAAUGCCGAGAGGUGAAACGUCUCUCGGAAGAAUUGUACAAAUUGCCCACGUAUUUACACGAUUUUGAAAUCGUACAAGUCAUUGAUACUCGUUUGGUCAUAGAAUCCCUCAUUUAUUUAAAGAUUUCGAAUUUGGAUUACGUCAUCACCACGUUUUACAACGAUUGUUCGUCGUCUGCUCUUUACAAAUGGAACCAGGGGAAUUCGACGUUCGAUUUAAUCAAAAAUAUAAACAUCGGACCCGUCGGAAAAUGGCUCGUUUUGUAUCGUCGUAACGUGACGUAUUUGGUCGCGAGUUCCCUGCACGCGAGUCAAAAUUGCCAAGAUUUAAAACCGGGAAACAUAUGGAGAUUUUUCCCCGGGGAAAAUGGGGACAACGACAUCUCGCUCGUAUAUUCCGGAAACGGAUUCGUCGACGUCAUACAAGAAAACGAUACGUCCGAGUCAUUUUUCACUCUGGAAGAAAAUGGAAACGUUUUUAAAUGGGGCUUACAAAAUGAUACGCACGUUGAGAAAACGUUUUUGGUUAACGUUGGCAAUGGCGGUUAUAAAUUUAUAGACUUUAAUGUUUUCGGCACUUUGGCUUUGUCGAAUGGAAAAGAAACGAAGGAAAUCGUUUUCGAAAGUCGGAAAAUCGUUUUGAACACUUUUCUCGUGACUUAUAGUAACAUCGUGGCAUUGCCGAUCGACGGAAAAGUUUUGGUCGCGUUGAUUUUCCGAGAUAAAAUCGUAGUCUACGAAAAUAUAAGAGAAGAUAAAAUAAUGGGGAUAAUAAAUACGUACAAAGCGAAUUCUCUCCUUUGGUUUAAUUACGGCGAGAACAAACAAUCAUUUUUAAUCGUUUCGUCGCAGCAUAAAUUGUUGGAGGUUUACGAGUAUAAAAACGUUUCUGGAUUCUUCAAGAGAAUAUCUUUACAAUUAUUUUCAACAAAAUUACAAUCGAUUUCAUUACCAACGAAAAAUAAACAUCAAUUAUCGAAAUUUAUCGUCGUUAUUCAAAGAAGUAAAUUAAUUUUUCUCGAAGCCAACAUGUUGGGAGAUUAUUACAGAAAAAAUGCCAGUGUCGACUUGGGGUGCCAGAAAUCAGUUGAUAUAAUUUUUGAAGAGGCAACAAAAGCUCAAACGGAAUGGGAAAAUAAAAGCAUAUCAGAGAGAGCUGAAAUUUUGUUUGAAAUAGGAAACAAUUAUUCUCAAAAUACUGAUUUAAACUCUGAUUAUUUUUACUUUUAUUCCAAUUUUAUAUCGGUUUCAAAUGAAUUUAAAGAAUGGAAACCUGUCGGAAUUGUUUUAUUGAUACUACCUGAACAUUUUCCUCUAUUUAUAUUUUCUGCAAUUGUUUCAGCAGUUUUAGCAGCUGGAUGUGGUAUUAUUAUAGUUUCAAAUAUUGACAAAAUAAAAAGAUUUGAAAAUAUAUUUAUCGAUGCAGGUUUACCAAAUGGAUUAUACAAUGUCAUCCCCGACUGUGAAAAAAACAAAGAAAUUUUAUUAAGGCAUUCGAAUAAAAUUGUUGUUUUUAAUGAUUUUUUUAACGUCAAAAAUAUUUUUAACAAACCUUUUUUCGGUUCUUUUACUUAUAUGUGUCCAAAUAAGACAUCAGCUAUACUUUUAGAAUCAUGCGAUAUAAAUGCAGCCAUUGAAAAAUUACUUAAAGAAACCAUAGGUUUAAAUCAUUUGUGGAGUGUUUCAACGAUUGUCGUUCAAGAAUCUAUUUAUAAAAAAUUUUAUACAAAUACAAUAUUUUAUCUUGGACAAUAUGAUGAUGAUGAUAAUAAAAGUUUUAUUAAAAAUGAUGAUAAUUUUCGAUUGAUUAGUCAAGAAGCAGUAAACACUGGUGCUGAAGUUAUUCAUGGAAAUGGGAUUACAAUUUUAUUCAAUUAUCAGAAUGAGGAAAUUCAACCUGAUUUACCCAUUAUAAAAGUUUUAGUGUGCAGAACUGCAAAGGAAGGAGUAAAUUUAGUUAAUAAUUUAUCUAAUUCAUUAGGAACAUCUGUUUGGAGUGAAGUUUCAUCUGAAGCUUUAGAUGUUGCAGAUACUCUAAUUUCAAAUAAUGUAUGGAUUAAUUGUCAUGGAGUUUCAUCUCCUUUUGUUCCAAUUCAUCCUGGUUCUUCAGGAAAUUGUAUUCUUGGGGGAAGCGAAGGCAUUUUUCAAUACAUGUCAUUUAAAGUAAAGUUACCAUGUAUGCAUGAUGAAAAACGAUUAUUGCCUAAUGAUUUUAAUGUUUGUGGUAAAAAUUAUUUUGAUAAAAAACUGGCACAUCAAAUUCAAUCUUCGUUUAAUAUAUUAAAAUACUGGAAUGAUUCUAAGAAAAGAAAUAUUUUUUAUAAAAUUUUUAAAUAUUUUGAAAAAGAAAAAGAACUUAAAUGGUGUUGUGAUAUAAUAAGACUUUGCGGUCAUUGGAGCAGCAUAACAACUUCUACUAAUUUUAAUUCCGAUUGUGAUUUUUUUACAAUUGAAAAAAAAAUUCCAUUAGGAGUUAUUGCUAUUUUAAUUGACAGUUCUGAUAUUUGUAAAGAAACUAUCAUUACUUUAUUAUUAUCUGCUGCAGCUUUUGGUAAUUCUAUUAUUUUACUUCUUCAAAAUGAUAAAUUAGAAAUAAUGUCUCUUUUGAAAGUUUUUCAAAAUGUACUUCCCGAUAAUUUAAUACAAAUUGUGACGGACAUGGAUUCUGUUUUCUUCGCUGCUUCACAUCCUUAUAUUGAGAUCAUUUACGAUUAA